CUGCGGCCGCUCGUAGCUGGCGGAGCCGCUGCCUCCCGGUCCUCGGUCCGCGGUCCUCGGCCAUGGCGCCCCUGAGAGUGUGCAUCGUGGGCUCGGGCAACUGGGGCUCAGCCGUGGCCAAAAUCAUUGGCAACAAUGUCAAGAAGCUUCAGAAGUUUGCCCCAAUGGUCAAGAUGUGGGUCUUUGAGGAAACAGUGAAUGGACGAAAACUGACAGACAUCAUCAAUAAUGAUCAUGAGAAUGUAAAGUACCUCCCCGGACAUAAGCUGCCUGAAAAUGUGAUUGCUGUCCCAAGUCUCAGUGACGCUGUUGGAGACGCAGACCUCCUGGUCUUUGUGAUUCCUCACCAGUUCAUUCGCAGGAUUUGCGAUGAGAUCACUGGGCGAGUUCCCAAGAAAGCUCUGGGGAUUACCCUCAUCAAGGGAAUUGACGAGGGUCCCGAAGGGCUCAGACUGAUUUCCGACAUCAUCCGGGAGAAGAUGGGCAUCGAUAUCAGCGUGCUGAUGGGCGCCAACAUCGCGAAUGAGGUGGCGGCUGAGAAGUUUUGUGAGACCACGAUUGGCAGCAAGAUCCUGGAGAACGGGCUUCUCUUCAAGGAACUCCUCCAGACCCCAAAUUUCCGAAUCACCGUUGUGGACGACGCCGACACGGUAGAGCUGUGCGGGGCACUCAAGAACAUCGUGGCGGUGGGAGCCGGCUUCUGCGAUGGGCUCUGUUGCGGGGACAAUACCAAGGCCGCCGUCAUCCGCCUGGGGCUCAUGGAGAUGAUCGCCUUCGCCAGGAUCUUCUGCAAGGGGCAGGUGUCCACCGCCACCUUCCUGGAGAGUUGCGGGGUGGCCGACCUGAUCACCACGUGCUAUGCGGGCCGGAACCGGAGAGUGGCCGAAGCGUUUGUCAAGACGGGAAAGGCCAUCGAGGAGUUGGAGAGAGAGAUGCUCAAUGGCCAGAAGCUCCAGGGCCCUCCGACCGCCGCAGAGGUGUAUCGCAUCAUCAAGCAGAAGGGGAUCCUGGAGAAGUUUCCCUUGUUUACGGCCGUCUAUCAGAUCUGCUACGAAGGUCGACCAGUCCAGGAGAUGCUUUCCUGCCUUCAGAGCCACCCGGAGCACAUCUAACGGACGACAUCGCCAUGUGCCGGGUGGCCUCUGCCUUUCCAAGCGACCCCCAGGCUGCGGCAGCAGUGACGGUGAAGGCCAGACGCUCCUUGCCUG